AUGACCACGGUGAUAACAACUGAGGAGGCAAUGGACAGCCGGCCCAUGAUUUCCACUUGCACCUCGGCCUCGGCCUCGUCGUCGUCGUCGUUGUCCUCGUCGCCUCUAAGCUAUACGAUAAGCCCUCCUUCCACAGUGAGCUCGUCUCCCAUACUAUUCUACCCCCACCACUCGUCGGCUUCUCCAACGAUAUCUUCGAGCGACUCGGUCGACACCAUCAAAUCAAGCACAUCUACCAUAAAAGUGACCCAGACGCCACCGCCACCAUCUCAACAACAACCCCUUCAAGAACCACUUCAAGGACCGGCUCAGGGCUACAAUGUGCCCAUACUGAUAACGGCACCCGCGCCGACAAAGCCCCCGGCUGUGAAGAAGUUCAACAUCCCCAACUACUAUGUGCCCCCGAAAGGCUACGUCAACACCAGAACAAGCUCACCCUCGACCCUGAGCGAGUCGUCGCAACUCUCGCUCACCAGCAACAUGCCCCAGCCCCAACCACCAGCAGCAGCAGCAGCACCGCCCAAGUUGUUGCGCAAAAAGUCGGGUGAACUAGUCAAGUCGUCGUUGAAGUUGCCAUUGUUGCUCCAACGCUCGCUCUCGUCGCCAAACGUGGUGAAUAGCAGAAUUGACGACGGCAUUGACUCGCCCCGCAAGAGCGUUCGCUUUGCCACACGGCUCAUCAAUGUCAAGAUGUUCAACGGGUUGGAGUCGCCAGCAACGGUGAGCUCGAGAACCAGUCCCUGCGAGUCGCCAUUACCGGAAGAGUACAACAAUUUUGGCAGUGCCACUGCACGAAACAGCAGGAAAUUGCACGAUGUCGAGGAGUAUUUGGAUAGUGUCGUGGAGACCAACUCGAGAAGAGGUUACUUUGACUGGAACUGGUCUUCCUCGGAAGAGGAAGAGGAGGGAGAAGAUGACGACGAACAAAAGAAUAAGGCUACAGAGUACAGGCUUUUGAAACACAAUAUCCCCAAACCAUUUGAAACGAGAACAUCUCCCCAAGUGUGGCUUCAAUCGGCAUAUCUUUUGAAAUUGCAAUCAAAAACUUUUCUCUGCGGGUUCAUUCAGGUGCAGAAUUUGGCGUUUGAGAAGGUGUUGAUGUUGAAGAUGUCGCUUGACAAUUGGCAAAACUCGUUCAACUUUGGGGGCAAGUCCAUUAUCUCGUAUGUAAAGAGCUUCACCAAUACCCCGGACAUUGGCAUUGACGAGUUUAAAUUUAUGAUCAACUUGAAGGACAUUCAAGACAUGGCGGUGUUGACCAGCGACAAAAGACGCUUGAAUGACAAGAAGAUGAAUAUAUCGAUGUGUUUAAAGUACGAAGUUGGCGGAAACACCUACUGGGCAAACAACAGCAACCGCAACUACAACUUUGAAAUUGUCCAAGCACCCAAGAUUGUUUCGAUUGCACCACCCGUGGUGGCGAGACUGGAUAUCAGACGCUCGAAAUCUGCUGGCCCUCCAACCACCGAAUUGCCAUUUGCCGAGGUUUGCUCAAAGUUGGAGCAAUUAAACUCAAACCACUCAUUGUCUACUUUUUCCAACAUGAACCGAUUCUCCAUCUCAAACAACUUUAGCGACUCUGGAAGAGCAAGACCCGGGUUGCAAAAGGCCUACUCUCUGUCAGACAUUACCUCGUCAACCACAACAACCACCUCAUCUGGCCACCGUUACUCGAAUCGCCAGAGGUCCAAAAUCGAGCAAACCCCAGCACUUGCAUCCACUGGAUCCUUUGCCGGUUUAAGCUAUGCAGAUUUAAUCAACAAUUUUUGUUUUGCCAACACGACAGCCACAACAACCUCGACACCAGUGGCGAACACAUCCGACAGCUCAUCCCUAAAAAGAUGCUCAUCCAUAAGCAGCACUGGCAGCUGCUCACCUGUGCACAACAACAGCACAGCUUCAACCUUGCAUUUACUAAGUGACAAUCAUCACUCACUGAUCCACACAUAG